AUCUCACUGGGGCUUUGGUUCUCGUUUCCCGGGUGACUGAUGAUGUCGAUCAUGUUGGCGCGUGUGGCCAAGUUUUAUUCACCCACGCAUCCAGCACCCGCGUCCCGGUGUUCCCCGCGGGCAUUUUGGGGUGACCCAGACAGGUGACUGCGUCCACAAGAGCUUCGAGUGCAGAGGGGAGGCAGGCACCUGAACAGGAGCAGCCCACCGAGCUGGGGGGGCCGCCCGGGAAGAGAAAAUGCGCCCGAGCAGCUCGCCGGCCCCUUCCACCAGCCUUGCCCCGGCGCCGGGGACGCGGCGGGCGAGGGAAUCCCAGCCCCCGCAACCCUGGCCGCGGCUUGGAGACGCGGGCCCCGCGCGCCCGCAGAACCGGCCCGACCCGCCCGGCCGCGGCGCCACCUCCGCGCCGCCCUCGGGUCCCGGCCCCGCCUCGCGCCUGAACGCUGGGGCCGCAGCCAGCGCUCCCCGGGACACCCCGCGCCGCGUCGGCGUCAGGCGCGCCCCGAGCGAGGAUGGAGGCGGCACGGGGCGCGGACGGCCGCGGCGAGGACGCGCUCCGGGACGCCGCAGAAAAUCUAUUUCAGGAACUUCAAGAACAUUUUCAAGCUCUAACUGCAACACUAAACAUCAGAAUGGAAGAAAUGGGAAACCGUAUUGACGACUUACAGAAGAACGUCAAUGACUUAAUGGUGCAGGCUGGAAUUGAAAAUUCUAUUAAAGAACAAAUGGUAAGAUCAUGA